CUCCCACACUGCACAAUGAGGGAGUUGUCUCGCCGUCAUGGACCCCUGAUGUUCCUCAGGCUUGGCGAGGUUCCAACCUUGGUCGUCUCCAGCGCCGAGGCGGCGGAGCUGGUGAUGAGGACCCACGACCUGUCGAGCGACGGCCAUGGUGACGACGUCGUGGUUUAUGAGGAGAUUGUUAGGAAUAAACCACGCUGCGUGACCAUCAACAUCAUCGGCUGCUGCGGGAAGGGGAUCGGCUUCGCACCCUACGGGGACCGCUGGCGCCAGAUGAAGAAGAUCUGCAUCAUGGAGCUUCUCAACGCCAAGCAAGUGAAGCGUGUCGAGUCCAUAAGGGCCGAGGAGGUGGGCGGCCUCCUCCGCUCCAUUGCGGCGGCCUCUGGUUUCGUCAACCUCAGCAAGAAGGCGUCGGCGCUAGCGAAUGACAUCGUCGCCAUGGCCAUGUUCGGCGGCAAGUGCGCAGAGGAGAAGUCCGAGUUCGUGCUCGCCUACGACCAAGUAAGCGAGCUGGUGGCCGGGUUCUUCCCGCUGGACUUCUUCCCGUCGUCGCGGAUCGUACGGCGGCUGAGCACCAUCGAGCACCGCCUCCGUGGGAGUUAUGGCUGCAUCCAGCGCAUCAUUGCGAGUAUCGUCGAGAGCCGCAAUGCGGAGAUCGCCGCCAACGGGGAUCAGGAGGAUUUCCUGGGAGUGCUGCUCAGGCCGCAGAAGAAGGAUUCACUUGCUUUCCCUCUAACCCCGGAGACUAUUGGUGCCAUCAUGUUUGGCAUAUUUGGAGGCGCUACUACAACCUUAGGAUCCACUGUAGAGUGGGCUAUGUCGGAGUUGUUGAAAAAACCCGAGACUAUGGCAAAGGCACAACUAGAGGUUCAAAGCGUUAUAGGUGCACUACGAGGUGUCAUCACUAAUACCGACCUUGGUGGACUGAACUACAUGCGAAUGCUUAUCAAGGAGGUUCUUAGGUUACAUCCCCCCAACCCUAUGCUUGUCCCCCGUGAGUCGAGGGAGGACUGUGAAAUCAUGGGUUAUCACAUUCCCAAAGGCACAAAGAUACAUGUUAAUGCAUUUGCAAUUUAUCGGGAUCCAAGAUAUUGGUACAACCCAGAAGCGUUUAACCCAGAGAGGUUUGAGAAUAGCAAUGUUGAUUUUAAAGGAACAAAUUUUGAGUUCACCCCCUUCGGGGCAGGUCGUCGACAGUGUCCUGCGAUUCUGUUUGGCACGUCUGCCGUGGAGAUUGCAUUGGCGAAUCUUCUCUACCACUUUGAAUGGGUGCUUCCUGAUGGAGAGAAUUCACAUUUGUUGGACAUGUCCGAGACUUUUGGGAUGGGAGUAAGGAAAAAGGUAGAGCUGCAUUUGAGAGCUACUCCGUAUGUAUACUCUGGUUAUAUAUAG